CGUUUAUAUGACGCGGAAUGUUACAGCGUGUCGGCCGCGCGACGAAAGUAUGGUGACCGCGCGGCGGCCGCGCGGUCAGGCCUGGUGGCCACGCCACUGCGAACCCGAACCAUUUCCAGUUGAUCUUGGUCUUUCUUAAAAUUCACACGUGUUCGUUAUGAGCUAUUUGACUAAGAAGAAUAAAAUUAUGAUUGCAUAUUACUUGUACCGACAAAGCAAAAAGAAAGAAAAAAAGAAUUGUAGAAAAUUUUGGAUUCAUCCUAUUUUAGCACGGCGAGAAGAGUUUGGUGAAUUUCAUACGCUAUACAACCAAUUGCGAGAAGAUGAAAAAGAAUUCGCAGAUUAUUUCCGAAUGGAUGUUAAAACAUUUGAUAAACUACUCAACUUCAUACAUGAUAAAUUGAAGCACCAGAACACUAACAUGCGGGACAGUAUUACCCCCACAGAAAGAUUAGCAGUGACAUUGCGGUACUUGGCAACAGGUCACACGUUUGCCGAUUUAAGAUACGCAUUUAGAAUUGGAAAAACAACAUUAUCGUUUAUCAUUAAAGAAGUGUGUAACUGUAUAUGGUCAGAACUAGUAAACAUAUAUAUGAAAAUACCAUCAGAAAAUGAAUGGCUGAAUAUUGCUGAAGACUUUGCUGUUAUUGCAAAUUUUCCCCACUGCCUAGGUGCUGUGGAUGGGAAGCAUAUCAGAAUAAUUAAACCUACAAAAUCUGGAUCAAUGUUCUUAAAUUACAAACACUUUUUUUCUAUUGUAUUAAUGGCAGUCGUUGACACCAAUUAUAAUUUUAUAUUUGUAGAUAUUGGUGCAUAUGGCAAGGACUGCGAUUCAAGUGUUUUUAAAGAAACUGUCUUUUGGAAGAGACUGCUGAACAAUACACUUAACUUACCACAGCCUGCUCUGAUUCCAGAGACUAAUUUUCAAUUACCGUACGUAUUUGUCGCGGAUGAAGCAUUCGCGUUGCACAAAAAUGUACUGAGACCAUUUAGUGGUCGAGAACUCAAUGAAACAAUGUCAAUAUUUAAUUAUCGUCUUACUAGAGCAAGACGUUAUGUGGAAUGCGCUUUCGGCAUAAUGGCCAAUAAAUGGAGGAUCCUCCAUCGGCCUUCAAAUGUAUCUUUGGAGCUCACAGUCGACAUUGUAAAAACCUGUUGUUUAUUACAAAACUUCAUACAUAAAGAACAGGGCAUAGGUAAUUUAAUUGUCGAUUCAGGCUUUGAACUACAGACACUGUCACGAUCAGAAUAUGCAGAUCCUUUAAUAGCAGACAAUGUUCGUCAAAAUUUUGCUGAAUAUUUUGUUUCUCCUCAGGGCAGUGUACCAUGGCAAAACAAAUAUAUAUAGAUACUCAAAAUUAUCAAAUCACUCGUUUAUUGCAAGAAUAUCACAGUUAAAAAACAAUUUUAAACUUAACUCAAAUAAUAUUUUUUUGCGAUUUAUGAUGAUGAUGAAUGUUCACAAUUUUUUAAUUACCAAAUAAAAGAUGGAAAACUUACCGUAUGUGUUUUUUUCCCCAAUUGGAAGGUCAUUGAAAUCUUCUUUUAUAAUUGAACAUAGGUCAUGCCAGGCUUUUAGUGUUUGACGUUUAUCCUUAUAGGAUUCGCUUGUUUUAUCCCAAAGGAUAUUUCUUUCUUCCACUAAAGAUAUCAAUGUCUCAGGAUUGAUACUCAGUUCAUCCAUCUUCGAAAUCACGAUGUCCGCGCGUCACGAUGUCUACGCAAGUCCAAUGAAAGGAGAAUGCGGGGACGCCGGCGCGGGGCGUACAUCGAGAACAUUCGAGUGAUUCGAGCGAGACGGCCGCGCGGCCGCCGUGUGAUCGAGGAGCGAACGCCGCGCGGUCACCGCGCAGUUAGUUACUCAAAAUUAAUUUCAACUUUACGUCCUAGAUAAUAAAACAUAAAUUUGCUAUAACUGAACAGUUAGUACGCGGCCACCGCGCGGUCGCCGCGCGGCGGCCGCAAGAAUUUUUUCGCGUCGUCUAACU